AUGGACGUCGGUGACAUUAGGACGUUGACAAGGUACAAAAGUGGUCUCAAUUAUGCUGCUCUAUCCCGUCGUGAAAGAAACACAAGGAAAAACUUUUCGAAAAGACAUGAUCUACGGAUUAUACAGGGCACCAAAAUUCUGUACAGUUACAAGAGCAACUCGUUUGGGGCCACUAUGAUGGAAGGACAGAAGAAAGUGGAUGAAACAGAGGGGAAAGCGAAGCACAUGGCGAAGAAAUAG